UUUUCUUUCUUUUCUUUUGGGGCGGAAUACACAAAACUACGAAAAAAGCGCGCUAUGGUUUAUUCACUUACCGAGAACGGAACUCUAACUCUACGAAAUACACAAAGCGAUGGUUUAGAACACUCCAUUUCACCACGUGAAGCAACUAGAUUGGUAGUGGUUGGAAUCCAAAGAUAUUUACAAGACUCUUCCUUCUUUGAGAACAUUGGGUUAUUAGAACAGUUCCCAAUUGAAGAAAGCACAACUGAAAGGUCUUCACCUACUAAAAAGUCAAGUCCUAGUAGGUCAUCGAGUCAAUAUGAGAGUCUCAAUAAUAGCAUUAGUAACAUUGUACAACAACAACAACAACAACAACAGAUAGCUGACUGGAAGACCCCAGCAUAUGACUUGUUACUCAGUGAUGGCAACUAUCUUUUGAAGUGUCUCUUUUCACCAUUAUUGAAUGGUUUGGUGCAAUACGGUUGGCUUACUAUUUCUACUUGCAUAAAGUUAGAAAAAUAUGAAUGGAGAAGAAACGAAGGGAGAAUUCCCAUAGCUACUUUUUUAGUCGUUCAUCAACUUUCGGUGUUACAAAUGGGACCAGUAUUAGAGAGAAAUAGAUUGAUAUUCCCUGAUAAUGCGGACCCUUGCGAGACACGACCGCAACCGUUGGCAGGUAGAAGACUUCAUUAUCUAUCCUUGAAUACGGAAGACUGCGUACCCGUCGAUCCCCAUAUUCAUCGUGAAGAUAUCAUCAUCGACUCUUUUCAACUUUUUGGUGAUUCUCAACCUCAACUGCUAUCCAAAGUGGUAUCUUUCCAUGAGAAUAGAAAAAUCACCACAGCUCUUCCUUUGAUAGGACGUGUGGUGAAAAAGUUUAGUUGUUCACAUUUUGGUAGAAGAGAGUCGGAACAAAAAUUUCCCAUCAAGUUCGAGUUGCAGAUAGCUGACCAUCACAUGGUUGCUCAAGUUAUUUGUUGGUAUACGUUGUAUUUUCGAUAUUUUGAGUCUAUUCAGUUGGAUGAUAUUAUCAUACUGGAAGGAUAUCGUAUACGCCAAAAAGAUAAUAAUACUGAAAUAUUAUUGAAUCCUAGCAAUCCUCAAGGCAAGAUGUUCAUUCUAGAUUAUAGGCAAGCUAUGAGUCGCAACCUGAGACAAAGUUGCCCACCCAUUCGUUUGAACUUGAUGAAAUGGUCGACGUUGAGAAAUCAAGCAGCAAGAGAAUCCUUUUGUGACUUUGUAGGUAGAAUACAUAGAUUGUUUCCCAUUCAACGUUAUCGUCCUACGCAUGAAUAUCGCUUUUAUGAACGUCGAUGGGUAUUGAUAAGGGACUCUUCUUCACCCUUUGACAUUCCUAUAUUGAUGUAUUCUUGUUCCCAACCCAAAUGUUUCUAUUCUUUGCAAGUGGGGCGUCCUUUGUUGGUUACCGAUUGUCGGUUGUGUAGAGUGGAUGAGAACAUGGAACAAAACUCAUUUUAUUUAAAGACUACCUUUUCGAGUCAGUUUAUUUACUUGGAUGAGCAAUGGCAGAUAAUGCGUUGGAAUCAUCCAGAAAUAUCAUUUGAAGAACUUUUUGGAGAAGAUUCAGAUGACUUGGAACAAAAAGAUUGCCUAUCCACCUAUACUAGGAUUCGUAACCAUCCUGAUUGGUUGGAGUCUUUACCUUCCCGGUUGAACGACUCCCUAAUGGAAUAUCUGAUUACUUUUGGGGAACUGGAAAAUCGUGCAAAACUUUUACAUCUUGGAGAAAGCAGGACUUUUUUGUGUCAAGGAAGGGUGAAGAAAGUAAAGUGGAGAUAUAAAAAGGGAUAUGAACUCUUACAAGUUUGGGAAUGUCCUUCCUAUUUACCCAAAUUUCCACAAGUGGAGCAAUAUCUUAUCAGCUCAAGGCAAGAUGGGAGUGAAAAAGAGCAAAAACAAGCUUCAACACGUUGUUGUACACAACAACACUUGGAAUACCUGUUGGAUUUGUCAAGCUGUGAUGAGCAACAGACAAUCACCGUUUUAUGUACCAAAAGAGAAGUUUGUCGUCCUUAUCGUGAUAAAAAGACGGUUCUUAGAAAAGCGUCAUCUUGUAGUCGAAUACUUUUAGAAGCUUUUGAUGAUACUUUUCUAUCUCGCAUCUCAUCGUUAUUAUCGCCUUUAGAAAGCUGGGAUACUCCAGCCCAAGUAGCUGAGCAGAUGAGUAAAUAUUUGACUAGUGAAACAAUGAGAUUCAUGUUAUCAGCCCCUUUCUUUGGCCAGGAGACGAUACAAGUAGCCAAACAAUUGCUUGGAAAACGGCUUGUUCGACGCUAUGAAGAUGAAGAAGAAAAGACAAAAGUUGUCUUGGUGGGUCGUAUUAUUGAAGUAGAAGCCUAUUUAGGGACUUUGGACCGAGCUUGUCAUUCUUACGGUGGGAAAAGAACUGCACGCACGGAACCCAUGUUCCAAGCUCCUGGGACUAGCUAUAUUUAUUUUAUUUAUGGGAUGCACUACUGUUUCAAUAUAUCCACGGGUCAACCGGGUGAAGCGGUAUUGAUUCGUGCGUUGUUUCCACUACAAGGAAUUACCACUAUGUGCAAGUUGAGAAAACAGAACAACUUUAAAAAUCUUUGUAACGGUCCUGCGAAGUUGUGUCAAGCGAUGGCGUUGGAUAAGCGACUCAACCAAACAAGUGUUGUUUGUAACGAGAGUAUGCUAUAUGUUGACGAUGAUAACUGGAACUGUGUUCAAGAUAUCGUUGCAACACCUCGGAUUGGUGUAGGCUAUGCACGACCACCUUGGUCGGAUGCCAAUCUUCGAUUUUAUUUGGAUUGCAUGAAAGAAUAUGUUAGUGUUCAAGUCGAUGGGAAGAAACGACGAUCACGAGAUUGACGCUUCAUGUUGUUUGUCUUCUCACGCGGAGAUGAUAUACAUACCU